CUUCGGGCUCUGGAUAGUCCAUUUAUUAAAUAAGGCGACAUGACGGCCUCUUUCGCCUCGCCACUCGCAGCACUCACAACCGUAUUUACGCCACCGUGUGCGACAUCGUGGCUCUUGACUACCACGAAAGCGCCUUCACAAUAUCCUCCAUUCCCUACGACGGGGCCUUCCUCAUGUGAUCCUCCGUUUUGGGCAGAGAAUUUAUCUGCUGAGGGUUUCCAUUACUAUUCACCAGCUAUUUGUCCUAGUGGAUUCGUCGUUGGGCCUGGAUGCGAAAUCACCAAGACACGGACGGCUGAAGGAUUCCCUGCGGUUGAGGAUGGGGAGACAGCGGUCUAUUGCGUUCCAAGCGGCCAGUCGUGCACAACAGACACGACAGAUUUCCGGGGAGGUGUGUGGGGAGCGGUAACGAAUGACGGAGUUUUCACAGUUGGGCCGGCCCUGCAAAUUCGUUUUCGGGAGGAGGACUUGACGUCUUUGGAAACACACCCUUUAACACCAGGGUUGUCGCUCGCGGAUGAAACAUCAGCGCCUGUGGCGAUGAGCACACCUGGAACCACAGAAGUGGAGUCAAACACGUCAAGUACUACCACUGAUGAGCCUGCGUCAACAACGUUUCUCGUCGGUGGCUUUACGACGAUACCAAAAGCAACGAGCGUAGUCAGUGUUUCGGUGAUAACCACUGUGUCAUCUGUUGUGGUCAACACGGAACGAACCAGCGUCGGAACGGACAUCAUCGCCACGGUGAGGACAGUGGACACGACGCUCGUCAGCACAAGGUCCGAUGUAGAUACCCAAUCAACCAGCUCAUCUUCUUCGCCAUCCUCGACGACAGCUUUACACGGUCUGGGCUCACCACAAGCUAGCGGCAACAAAAAAGACAACGUGAACACCACAAGCCUGGCCGCCAUUGUCCCCUCUGGCACCUUAAUCGCAGUAGUAGCGGGCAUCCUUGCCUUCCUCUUCGCCCGACGCUAUCGCCGUAAACGCAACAACGAUUACGCAUCAACGUUAAGAACCAGUCGUCUCUCCGCUGUCGGCGUAGGCGUCUGGAUCCGUCGCAGUCGGAAGUCCACUACCGAAAAGGGGCUACCCAGCACGACCAAGGACCUUGAGUCCCAGAAACAUCACCAGAAACAACCCAAAGUAAUCGAUAGGGAGCUCAUUACCACCCAUCCAGAGACCUCAGAACUAUCAGCCGCCCAUAAACCCCUCGGCACGCGAGAAAACCCCGCCGAGCUGGAAGCCACCGAGGCCGCCGUGCGGCUUUCCCGGAGCUUUAGCUGGAUGUCACGGGUGUCAAGGAUGUUGAGUAAGGCUGCGGGGGCGCAGGGUUCUAUGACGCUGUCCACGACGCGAGCGUCUUCGUUGACGUCAGCGUCAAGGUGGACGAGGCAGUCAGAGAUGUCGAUGCAGACGGGACUUGGAUCUGGGUCGGGUUCGGGGGAUUGGGAGGCGUUUGUUAGGGAGAGGUGGCCGGGGGGGUUGACGGUGCCGGCGGGAACUUAUGAAAUGCCGGGGUCGGUUGUGGGGGAGGAGGAUAAGGGAGAGGAAGGAGGGGAAAGGAGGGUAAGGGGGGUUAUGGGGUCGAGUAGUAGGAAUAGUCACGGUGGUGGUGGCGGUGUGGUGAAUGGAAUUAGGGAUUUGAAUAGGGCGAAGUCGGGAAAGCGUCUAGAUGUUGAUAAAGAGCUGCCUAGGCUAAGUAAAUUUAGUAGGUUGAGUGACGGGACGUUUGGGGGGGUUCUCGCUACUAGUCCUCGCAGUCCUCGCAGUCCUCGAAGGCCGGAGGAAUAUGAUAGCUAA